AUGCUGGGCCUCAAAACCUGGUGUUCAGAUCUAAAGCGAGGUCUGAAAUCUAAAAAUAUACUGAGCAGCCGAAAACGUGUGUGGAGAGUCCGUACGCUAGCAGCAGCAUGGCAGAAUUCGACGUCUUGCGUUGACAAGAAAGAUCGCAAUGGCUUGUGCCUUUUGCGCCAGACAGAGCACAGUUGUGAUUGUGUUGGUGUCAAUAUUUUUUGCAUGUUCGGCGCAAAACUUGGGCACGUGAGUUUCAUUAGUUUAUUGAAGUCAAUUCUCGAAACAUGGGCUGAUAACCUGGGCGAAGAACUUUGGAAACUUGGUCAAGGAGUCACACAGGCUUCAGAUCUCAAGACUCAAUAUAAAACAAGAAAUGCUGGAGUUGAUGAAAAAGAUGGUUCUCAUUUAUUAGAAAAAAUUGUGGAUCGAGUUGCAAGGAUGUUAAAAUGGAAAAUCGAUGCUGUCCAAUGUAUUAAGACAGCAGCAGAAGAUAUUGCAGAACAGUUUGAAUAUGAAGGUUAUGAAAACUUCUCAUAUCCAAGCACGAAACAUUCAUUAGUUAAUGGUGAGCCACCAGAAGAAUUUGAUAAUGAGACUACUCUUUAUUCUCCAAUGAUGCUUGGAUCUGAUCCUCAAUUUUAUAAUAUUCUUGUGAAUACUAGCUACAGUGCUGUUCAUGUGCCAACUAAUGUUUAUGAUAAAGCUCCACAUGUAAUUGAGGCUAUUCAGUGGUCUGAACAGUUGGAUGAUGUUUUUCUUAGAAAUCGUAGAAGUGAUCCCCUUUUGUCAUGGCAGUAUUUUGCUGGCUCCUCAGGCUUUUUGCGUCAUUAUCCUGCUAUGAAGUGGAAUCAGUAUCCUGACCUGUAUGAUUGCCGCACUCGACCAUGGUACAUUGCUGCAGCAACGUGUAGUAAAGAUGUUGUUAUUUUGAUGGAUACCACUGGUUCAAUGACAGGCAUGAGGCACUCUAUAGCCAAACUGACAGUUAACACAAUUUUGGAUACAUUAAGUAAUAAUGACUUUGCUACUCUUGAGAAUAUUAACACUUUCAAAGCAGCUAUUAAUGCAUUGGAAUUGGAAGGAUAUGCAAAUUUUUCAACAGUUUUCACCCAGGCCUUCAAGUUACUAGAACAACAAAGAGAAACUAGAGGCUGUGGAGAUGAAAGUGGUACAUUAUGUAAUCAAGCAAUCAUGUUAGUAACUGAUAGUGUAGCUGGUAACAUCACUGAAGUAUUUGAAAAAUAUAAUAGACUUGAUAAUGGAACAACAAUCCCUGUUCGAGUCUUUACAUUUCUUGUUGGAAAGGAAGUUACAAAAGUAAUGGAGAUAAUGUGGAUGGCAUGUCUUAAUAGAGGUUUCUAUGCUCACAUUCACUCUUUGGAAGAGGUGCGGGAGCAAGUUUUCAAGUACAUUCCAGUCAUUGCUCGCCCCCUUGUAUUGCAAGGAGUUGUGCAUCCUGUAGUAUGGACACAUGCAUAUGCUGACAUUAGGGAUCCAAAGCUAGACAAUUGGCUUUGGGAUGUAAUGGAGUCCGGAUCGGACCAAAAGGAAAGGUUAUCGAAACACAUGCAAUUGAAAGAAUUACGUUUCAGUCAAGAAAAGGAAGAUAGCAUGUACACUCAAAAAGUAUUUAAGAAAUUCCGGGAACCUGACAAGCUACGUUUUCAAGAAUAUAAACUACUUACUUCAGUUUCAAUUCCAGCAUUUAAUAGAAAAUUAGAGUUUGAGAAUGGCAAUUAUAUAGGUGUCAAUGGAUAUGUUUUUAUAGUCACCAAUAAUGGAUAUGUUUUAUUGCAUCCUGAUCUGAGGCCAGUGGUGAGAGGUGUACUUACAUCUAGUUAUAAUAGCGUAGAUCUGACCGAAGUAGAGCUUUUAGAAGAAUCACUGCCUAGAGAAUUGGACCCUGAAAUAUUGGAACUAAGAGAAGCGAUGGUGAAUCACUCUGCUGGUGAGAUUCUGGGACUAAACAUGAAAUUUCAAUACGAUGAUAUGAAAAGGGCUUAUGUUGAAAAAAGAGAUUAUUAUUAUACCCCAUUAAAAGGGACUCCAUUUUCCAUUGCUAUCUCGUUACCUGAAGGCUACGGACAUUACCAACUUAGGGUGGGGCAAGAAAUUCAGAAGACUUGGAUGAGAGGUGAACGUGUUGAAAAAUAUUUUGAAGGGAAAAAUUGGAAGGUGUACUGUAAAUAUUUCUAUAGUUCACUCUAUGAUUUUGAGUCACCAGAAAAAGAACUUCUACAUUUUCUAGCAAAAAUAUCAGAUUUAAAAUAUGAUUUUAAGUGGCAAGAUCCGUAUAGAUUUGGUUAUGAUGAAUAUGAAAUUGAUGAUGGUGUGGAUAAUGAAGCCAAUACUGAUGGUUUCAUUGAAAUGACUAGCUACAAUGAAUGUGAUGAGAAUCUCAUGAAUUUACUAGUUUUUGAUGCCAAAGUCAUAAAUGCUGUGUUCCAUGGUGAUAAAUGGUCUCCGGAUGAUGAAUUAGAUGAGUUGAUAAAAAGUUAUAAUGCAAGCAUUAGAUUCAUUGCUUCACAAAGUGGACUUAUUAAAUGGCAGUACAUAUCUGAUUUUGAUGAUGAAAAUGAAACAUUAAACUUUGGUGACCUAAACUCCAAUGGCAUUCAUGAGUCUUGGUACAAAAGUGCUAUUCUUCAGCAUCAAGUGGACCCAGAAUCUCUCUUUCUUUCAGUGCCGUUUGAAGCUGGUUCAAAAGAUGGUCCAAUUUUCAUGACAGCUAGUCAUGCCAUAUUUUCCCGUGAUGGUGGUAAAGAUGCUGCUGUGGCUGUGGCAGGCUUUGAGUUUGAACACUCCACAUUUUAUAAGAAAUUUAUGACAGUAACUUCUGAUUGUCCAGACUGUGAAUAUUCUUGUGAAUCACCAGAAUGGGAUUGUUAUGUGUUGGACAGCAAUGGGUACAUAAUAAUUUCUGAAGUUGCCAAUGACACUGGUCGUUUCUUUGGUGAAGUGGAAGGUGCAGCAAUGGAGGCAAUGUUGGAAGCUUCUAUUUACAAAAAGAUUCGUAUCUAUGACUAUCAAGCCUUGUGUAAAGAUGAAGAUGAUGAUGGUGCUAACAGUGCAUCUAUCUUGUUAACUCCACUGCAUCAUCUUCGUCUGUUUUUCAAUUGGAUGUUCAGUGAAUUAGUAUGGUUAAUAUUAGAAAGUAACUUACAUCAUUUGUGGUACACAGCUUCGGCAAAUCCCAUUUUAAGUGAAGAUGAUGCUGAAGACUAUAUCGAGUAUAACAGCAGCCCAGAGAUCGAGAGCCCAGAUGAAGAAAUAAGCUUCGAGGAAACAGAUUGGGUUGUGAAUAAAACUAAAGAAGAAACAUACUUUCCUUGCGAUCAGAAAACUAAUUUGUACCUUUUAAUGCAAGAAUCAUUCUUUGAUGAAGGUUAUUGUCAUACAUCAGAAUCAUGUUCAAGACCUUUCUGCUUGAAGAGAAUUCCACAUACAAAUUUAAUUCUAGUGGUAAUUGAUGGCACCUAUCAAACAUGUUAUAAGAAAUUAAGCAUUUCUCCAAAAACUCUGGACUAUGGAAGUGACAACUUCACUCAUUCUUGUCGGAAAUUAAAAUUGAAUAACUUACCACGAAGGCGGUUGUCAGGAUGUUUCACAGAAGACCCCAAGGAAAAUACACGGCAUAUGUGUGGUAGUUGUGUAACAAUAAACAUGAACUUCAAAAUAUUAUUGUUCAGUUGGUUUAUUUUAUUUGUUAGAAGAUAUGUUUACACUAUUUGAUUUUAUGUAACUUUUUCCCCAUUUGUUGAAUAUGUAUCACUGAUUAAUAAAGUAGAAAAUGUGUACUUCUAAAUUUUGGCUGUGUGAGGUCAUGUAUUGAUAUCAUGAAUGAAGUAUUUGAUUUGUUAUAGUGUCUUAUAAUUUUCCCACUCUCAUUCACCAUUGAAUGUAAUUAUAAAGUUAUUUACUACCCUGAAUUCCAAAAUAAAUUAUCCUCAAUUUCCCAAGUUUUGUUUCUUUUACAAGUGUCGCGAGAAGGAGCAAUACUUGAAAUUGGUGUGUUAAUAAAAUAUUCUGUAUCAUGAAUACUCUAGUACAGCUGGAAUUGAUUUAGGAUUGAUGAUUAUGAUACACAAAGAAACUUUAUAAUGUAUUGAAUGAUGUAUUUACUUUUUGAAUAAAAUGUUUUGUACAUGAUCCUUGGGGAGGUAUUUUUAAUUGUUGUGAUCCAGAUUUAACGCCCUACUUUUUUCAUUCUUUAAGUCUUUUUUUGUUAUUGUUGAAAAUGUAAUAUCUGAUUAAAGUUUAUAUGUUACCAAUAGAAAAAUUAGGUAUUUUAUGCAGUGCCUAGGUAGGAAGCAAUUGGGUGGAAUAAUUUUCAUUACCAUCAUUAGACAUUGUUCACUGUACCUAAGAUUUAACAGGCCAAGUAAAUGAAUACGCUCAC